AUGUCGGUUGUUGAUCUAGGUCGUCUACAAGAUUUACAACACACUAGACAUUCGAUAACACUUUCUAAUGGCAAGCGCCUUGUUCUCUUUCGCCUGCCAAGAAUUGAUCGGCCGGAUGUAACGCUACCAGCUGUGGAAAGUUCAGAUUCAUGGAAUUACUAUGCAAUGGAGGCAGAAUGUCCUCACGCCGGUGGGCCAAUGGCAGAUGCUCACAUAGACAUCGAAGACUCGUCCUACAUUGCCUCUUGCCCGUGGCAUGCGUAUGACUUCAACGUAGAGACUGGUGAGUCUAGUUAUGGCAUCAAAGCUUGCACGUUCCCGGUCACUAUACAAGAUGAAAGAGUGAGCAUACAAAUUUCAGGAACCGAAAAUCUACAACUCGACAAGAUCGAGCCCGUCAGCGAGAAAGUGAAAUUCAAGCAUGGCCCCAGAACUGAUCCUUCAGGUCCUGCAACGUAUCUUGGUGAGGAUGCGAGCCUAUGCGAUUGGUGCAAUCAUAUUCUAAAUACCUCCAAUCCCGAGCACAAGAUCGAACUCACAACACAUCUCUUCUCCUUAUUUGCAACACGUGAACAAUCUUCUUCGCUCAUGGAGAUCGGGGCUGGUACUGUGAUUCCUCCCCAGGAACCGCCAAGACAAAACUUAACCCAAGUGAAACCGGGGCAGAUGCCCAGAGCUGGCAAGGGAGGGAACCUUAAAAACAGGAUCAUGAUGCUCCACGCUCUGGCAAACAUUGAGCAGUGGGCCAUCGAUCUCGCUAUCGAUAUCAUGGUCCGGUUUGCUUCGUUUCAAACAACAACGCAGGAUGAGAACGGCCACCCACGUCCACUACCGCGAACGUUUUUCUAUGACUGGCUUAAGGUUGCGAAUGAUGAGGCGAAACAUUUCUCUUUACUACGAGCAAGGUUAGAGGAGAUGGGGAGCCAUUUCGGUGCUUUGCCGGUCCACCACGGUUUAUGGGAAUCUGCCGUAAGAACAUCGCACGACCUGCGCGCAAGGAUAAGCGUCAUCGCACUCGUCCACGAAGCUCGCGGCCUCGAUGUUAAUCCCAAGACGAUCGAAAAGUUCCAAAAUGCUAGAGAUGACGAAAGCGUUGAUGCAUUAAACGUUAUUCACAACGACGAGAUUACGCAUGUCACUACGGGGCAUAGAUGGCUCACUUGGAUUUGCCAACAAGAGGGCACCGAUCCCGUUCAAGUCUUCCGAAGCAACGUACAGCAACACUUUAGAGGAGCCGUGAGAGGUCCGUUCAAUGCUGAGGCCCGACAACAGGCUGGUAUGGAUAAGAGCUAUUAUGAAGACCUCCAGGGGUUGCCGUGGAAAGGUGAUGUUAUCGCUGGUGGUUGA